AUGGUUCCCGUGAUUCUCUUCAUCCCGGCUGCUGUUGGUGUUGGGUUUUGGAGAGUCAAUUGGGUGACUCUUCCGGAGAGAGGGUGGCAGACUACACCUACCCAACCGCCGCUACAAGGGUCGGAAGCGUUUGUCCACGUGCUCAGACUUGCAGUUGUGUCGGUGGAGAUGGCGUUCUUGAAAGCCAUAAGAGCAUCUCUAUCCGAUUUCCAGCAAUUGGAUUGGGAUUGGGCCAAGGAGAUUGUUAAUUUGGUGGAGAUGAUGAUGAUGAGGAGGAUAAUACUGACCGGGGAUUUUGGGGCUGCCAUUUAA